AUGGCGUCUUAUGCAGCAGCAAUGCGUGACCGUAAGGUAAAACCACAAUGGGAGCGGACUAGGCGUAUUAUGGCUUUGGUGCCUCCUGCAUGCGCCCCUUCUGAUAGUAGCGAUACUUCAGAAGAUGAAGACCAGGUUCCUAAAUUACUAGAACACGUUGAGACGAAUGACUUAUCUGAUUUUAGUUCCGAGCCAAAAUCAAUAGAGUCUUCUUUAGAAACGUUAAAUAUCCUGGACGAUCUAUCUGAUAAUAGUAACACCAAUAUCCAACAAAAUUCAGAAUCUCCCAUAUCUCCUUACGAAGAAGAUACAGUCCCAUUGACUCCACUUAUGAAUGAGAUAUUUAGACCGGGGUCAGAGUUACUACAUACCUUACCUACGUUAAAUUCGCCACUUUUAUCUGCACUUCCUGAAAAUACAAGAUCAAAUAAAAGAAAAGCUAUCAAUAGACCGAAAUUAGUAACAAAAAAAGUAAAAAAAUAUAUCCGCAAACCUCUUAAUUUCAAAUGGACAAAAGCACAAACUCACGCUGCUCACACCACCCGCAUCAACGGAACCGACCGUAUUGUCCACGGGAGCGGCGGUUCUCUAGCGGCGAUCAAACGUCAGUCUGCGUGUACACAUCGCCGCUUGGCUACAGCUGCGCUCGCCGCGGUGUUAUUGUGA